AUGACAGAUUACCCCCUCCCUAAUACCAGCCAGGACCUAUCUGGACAGGUUGCACUGGUUACUGGCACCACGUCUGGUCUUGGCCGCAGAUUUGCCCAGGUGCUGGCCAGCUGCGGCGCAAAAGUUGCCAUCACCGGUCGCCGGGUCGAGCGCCUGGAAGCCCUCGCUGAGGAGUUACGGGCCACAGGCGCAGAGGUCGAGCCCAUUGCUUUAGAUAUGCGCGAUAGCGAAGCGAUUGUUGCCUGUGUUGAACAGGCGGAGGCCGCCCUGGGGACAGUGACCAUUUUAGUCAACAACGCCGGUAUCCCCGAUGCUCAGCGUGCACACAAAAUGGACAAUCAACUGAUUGACGAUGUAUUUGAUACCAACCUGCGUGGCCCCUAUGUGUUGUCUUGCGAAGUCGCCAGACGCCUGAUUGCUGCAGAGCUCCCGGGCCGCAUGGUGAACAUUUCUUCCGUAGGUGCUUUUAACUAUGCAGGUCAGGGGGCUGCACUUUACUCCAUAACCAAAGCCGGAAUAAUCAGAAUGACCGAAGCGCUCGCUGUUGAGUGGGCCCGCUACAACAUCAAUGUGAAUGCCAUUGCCCCUGGUGCAUUCGCAUCAGAGAUGAUGGAUGGCAUGCUGGAGCGCAUGGGUGACAUCAGCAAAAUGUUCCCCCGUAAAAGAAUCUGCGAUCCCGCGCAAAUGGACAGCACUCUGCUCUAUCUCGUUUCACCCGCAUCUGAGGCAGUGACCGGCACAUUUAUCAAAAUUGAUGAUGGACAGGGCUCACGGUGA